GCUUGCGGGACGGCGAGGUCCCAGGCGGCCGAUUUGGGCCCCGGGACGGUCGUCUGUCCGAAGUGAAUUUGUCCCGGAGGCCCAGAUCCGGCUCCUCCGGAACGGCGGCCCCGGGAGGCGCCGCGCCAGCUCCGGAGCCCUUGGGAGCCUCGGGGCAGCUCGGCAGGUCCCGACGAGGUCCACCGUUAACAGUCUGUACGCAUUUCCACGAGCAGUAGAAAAUGAAUGAGUCCCAGGGACCAGUGUCAUUCAGGGAUGUGGCCGUGGACUUCACCCAGGAGGAGUGGCAGCAGCUGGAGCCGGAGGAGAAGACCACCUACCGGGACGUGAUGCUGGAGAACUACAGCCACCUUGUCUCCGUGGGGUACGACAGCACCAAACCGAAAGUGAUCCUCAAGCUGGAGCAGGGAGAGGAGCCGUGGGUAGUGGAAGGUGACCUGCCGUGUCGGAGUCGUCCAGAAGUCUGGAAAGUUGAUGACCUGAUAGAGAGAAUCCCAGAAAAUGGAGAUGACAUUUCAAGGCAGGCUGUUUCUACCAACAGCAAAACCCCAAAUGAGGAGAGAGAGGAUGCAUUUGAUACAACACAUAAUGUGGAAACAAGCCUUGUUCCUUCGAGCGUCCUAUCUCACACUUGUGUCUCAUGUGGAAAGAAUUUAGAAUCGACUUCAGAAUUAAUCAUCAGUGACGGCAGCUAUGCGAGAAAGAAACCCAGUGAAUGUAGCGAGUGCGGAAAGACGGACCACGGAGACAAACCCUAUGAGUGUAACCAAAAUGGGGAAGGCUAUUCUCAAAACGCAGAGAGUAUUCUUCAGAACGUUAAUCUUUUGGAGAAACCCUUUGAAUACAGUGAAUGCAUGGAAGCCUUAGACAACGAAGCUGUUUUCCUUACUCAUAAGAGAGCUUAUAUGGGGGAGAAGCCCUACGAAUGGAAUGACUCCGGGUCAGACUUCAUCCAGAUGUCAAAUUUUAAUGUUUACCAGAGAUCACAGAUGGACUUGAAGCCCUUUGAGUGCAGCGAGUGUGGGAAAUCCUUCUGUAAAAAGUCAAAGUUAAUCAUACAUCAGAGGGCCCACACAGGAGAGAAACCUUAUGAAUGUAACGUAUGUGGGAAGUCCUUCAGCCAAAAGGGAACCCUCACCGUCCAUCGGAGAUCCCACUUGGAGGAGAAGCCCUAUAAAUGCAAUGAGUGUGGGAAAACCUUCUGUCAGAAGCUACAUCUCACCCAACACCUGAGGACUCAUUCAGGCGAGAAGCCCUAUGAAUGUAAUGAAUGUGGGAAAACCUUCUGCCAAAAGACCCAUCUGACCCUGCACCAGAGGAAUCAUUCAGGAGAGAGACCCUACCCCUGUAAUGAAUGUGGGAAAUCCUUCUCCCGCAAGUCUGCCCUCAGUGACCACCAGAGAACACAUACGGGAGAGAAACUUUACAAAUGUAACGAGUGUGGGAAAUCCUACUACCGAAAAUCUACACUCAUUACCCAUCAGAGGACACACACAGGAGAGAAACCCUAUCAGUGCAGUGAGUGUGGCAAGUUCUUCUCUCGGGUGUCGUACCUCACCAUCCAUUACAGAAGUCAUUUAGAAGAGAAACCCUAUGAAUGUAAUGAGUGUGGCAAAACCUUCAAUUUAAAUUCAGCCUUCAUUAGGCAUCGGAAGGUACACACAGAUGAGAAACCCCACGAAUGUAGUGAAUGCGGAAAGUUCUCUCAGUUCUCCUAUCUCACCGACCAUCCUCCGGCUCCUUUAGGAGAGAAACCCUAUGAAUGUAAUGAAUGUGGGAAAAUCUUCCUUGACGGUUCAGCCUUCAGUGGGCAUCAGUCACUUCCGAAAGGGGAAAAAUCCUAUGAAUGUAACAUAUGUGGGAAAUUGUUCUCUGAGUUGUCCUACUACACUAUACAUUAUAGAAGUCAUUCGGAAGAGAAACCCUAUGGUUGUAGCGAAUGUGGGAAAACCUUCUCCCAUAACUCCUCCCUCUUUAGACAUCAAAGAGUGCACACGGGCGAGAAGCCCUAUGAGUGUUAUGAAUGUGGGAAGUUCUUCUCCCAGAAGUCCUAUCUCACUAUCCACCAUCGGAUCCACUCGGGAGAGAAGCCCUAUGAAUGUAGUAAAUGUGGGAAAGUCUUCUCUCGGAUGUCGAACCUCACUGUACACUAUAGAAGCCAUUCGGGAGAGAAGCCCUACGAAUGUAACGAAUGUGGAAAAGUCUUUUCUCAGAAGUCCUACCUCACCGUGCACUACAGGACUCAUUCCGGAGAGAAGCCCUACGAAUGUAACGAGUGUGGGAAAAAAUUCCACCACAGGUCAGCCUUCAAUAGCCAUCAGAGAAUUCACAGGAGAGGGAGUGUGAACGUACUGGCUGUGGGGGAUCUCCUGUGAAGUCAGAGCCCUCUGAGUAUAUCGAGAUCCAACAAGGAGUCCAAGAUCGGUGUCUGAGAGUUCGUGCUUUUGAAUGGGGAAAAUUCUUCAGGCAUUGGAUUCAUCUUCACCUAAUGUUUUUCACAGAGGAGAGUCCCUAAGGAUGCAAGAAGAAACAGAGCCUUCAAAGCAAGACCCUACAACUCAUUGGACACUAGAUAAUUUAUACAGGCGUGAAACUUGAUAACUAUUUAAUAUUUAUUUUGGAAUUCAAAUUGUAUUUACAUAUCAGGGAAUCACACCAAGGCGAGAUCUGUCUAAGUAAUGAAUGUGGGAAAAUCUGUUGUCUUGGAAAUUGUUAUACUGAAAGCCAUAUUUCUGAUGUAAAUUCACAUGUUUAUAGGGAAGAUACCAGAAGCUAUCAGCUCUGAAUAAACCAUUGUAUAAAAUCAUCAGGAGUUUAUAAUGAGGACAGUACAUAUAUGGCAGUUUCUAUCAUGUUUUAAAAAUGUGUUCUAUCAGUAAUUCUAUGCAAACUUGGAUUUGAAUUAUUUGGGAAAAGGCAGUAUUCUAAUUUGAGUAUUAAGGUGGCAAAAUGUACUAACACGGGAUUAUAUAUUGUUGGUGAAACAUUUGAUAAGUACCAGAUAGUUAAAUACAUAAUUUUCUAUUUGUUUGAAGGUAUUUACAAAUGGGUUUUUCAUGAAUGCCCCAUCAAUAAAUUGUAAGCCCGUGGUUUUUAUAACGUUUUCAACUACGUUUGAGCAAAAAAAGUUUAAAGUACUAUUUUCAUAAACUAUGCAUAGAUGAUUUGGAGUUAAGUCUGUGUCAGUGAAAGAGGGCCUUGCACUGUGUAGUCUGUAAGAUACACACAAGUCUCAUGCCAUCCUGCAUGGGUUUGAGCGAGCCAUGUGCCGAUACCACGUGAUUCAGAAAUUUCAUCUCUGUUUUGAUUUGAAUACUAUGCCAUUCUUCUCUGCACUGCUUAUUCCCAGUAUUUUGGGACAAAUGCAGGUUUCUGUCAGACAGCUUUAGUUGAUGAACUCAGUGUCCUUUCUCCCCUCAUUCCUUGCUGGAAGAGUUUGGGUAUCCGCCGUUUCUUCACAUGACAUAGAGUGUGAAUCCAGAUUCGUGUAAGCCAGUCACGAGAACUCUAUUCGGACCGCCAGUAACUUGUUUAUAGUGGUCACAUGACCCAGUUCUGGGCCAGCAGAAUAGAUGGAUGUUGGCAAAAGGAUAAGACAUCGAUCAAUGGGUUUUACUACUCCAGGAACACAAGGGGGGUCAUUUAAUAAUCAAAAAUUAAUUCCUGGACUACAUCACAUGGAAAGAAGUAAUCUAGGAUGCAGAAAAGUCAUGUGGUGGUAAAGUCAACAUUCGUUUAUGUGCUUCACAAACUAUGGAUUUGAGAGGAACUUCCUUCCUUGGAUGAAGAGUGUCUAAAACCACAAAACGGCAGCAUGCCUAGUGCUGAAAUAUGCGAAGUUUUCUCCCAAGAUUCAAAAAAAAAAAAAAAAAAAGACAAGGUUAUUUCCUGUCACUAAUUGUAUUCAGUAUUCUGCAGAAAGACCUAGCCAGGAGAGUAAGGGAAGAAAAGUAAUCAGAGAGAAUAAGGAUUAGAAAGAAUUAACACUUUUAUUUGCAGAUGACGUAAUUCUGUACAUGGAAAAUUCUGAGGAAACACAUGAGUAAGUUUAGCAGGGUCCGUGCAUACAAGGUCAUGAUGCAAAAAAUGUU